UGAAGAUACAUUUAAUGAAUUCACUUAUGAGAACAAAAAGCUAAACGAGGCUGAGGGGUACUACACUGAAGAGAAUGACGAAGUUAGUCUGGUGAUCUAUUUGACUAGUAUUGAUGAAUUACCUGUAGAAGAAGAAGAGAAUGAAUCCAUGGUAGCCAAACAAUUAGAAAAGUUUACGCAAACCAAUAUCCUAAAAAAGGAGAAAAAGAAAAAAACAUUAGAAUUUUUUAGACAAGAAGAGUUAUUGUUUGCAAAAGAUAUGCAAGGUCUCAAAGUCAUUACUAAGAACAGAGACAUAGAAUUAGAACUGACUUCUAAGCAAAACGAACCUGAGAAAGGAGAAGAAAAAAAGUUAGGAGAAGCACUUGAACCAAAAGAGAAAACAUAUAUAGCAUUAGUGCAAGAACAAGGCAGUGAAGACUGGAAUGACUAUAAAGAUAAAUUGGAAGAUGAAACUUAUGACCUGGGUAUUCACAUAACUACCACCUCAGAGCUAAAGAAGCCUGUAAAAAAGACCUUUACAACCACCUUAAUGGACCUCCAAGAAGCAAAAACUGAUGGGUGGUACAAAGAAGAAGAAGUCGAGGCCUUCUUAGCCACCAUCUGGAACAAAUUGAAACUAGAUGAGAAAUUGAAUGAUGAGGAGCCUGUUUCUAACCACAUUCCAGGUGAUAAGCCACUUGACCCAUAUGAUGAUGAGAGAUACGUUGGCAAACCCUAUAAAAAGGAAGUAAGAUACUCGAUGAUUCUAGAAUCUAUAGCACUAGAAACAUUCGAUAGAGACCAAACUUCCACAGACGAUAAUAAAGAUGAGGACCUGUGUCCUAUCUAG